GGGACCGGGGGAGGGGGAGAGACAGGCGGGCAGUCUCCUCACACCGCUACUUACCGUCAUCAAGCGGGAACACGAGGCCUUUACUGCCGGAGACACCACCACUCACUACCAACUCAUGACAACAGAUGCCCCUACCAUCUCUCCCGACUCCUACCACACCCACCACACCGCCACGCAUACCGCCUCCUCCCCCUCACCUGAUCUCUGCAUCAAUUCCAACCCAGAGGACGGGCCAGCGAGUCCCCUGCCCGUGGAGACGCAGCUGGAAUCGUGCAGCAGCUCCUCCGUGGCCAAGCUAGAGCAAGAGGAGGAUUCUGCCAUGUCGCCUCAAGACAAGAUCCACUUCGACUACCACCAGCAGGUGAAGCCGCCUGCUUCACACUGGCUCCAGGCUAAUGGCGCCUCCACUAGCACUCACACACCUGAUGCUGAAGAUAGAGACAGAGAGUACCAUAGGGUGCGGUUGGCGCAGCUGCGGGAGGAGGGCGCCGCCCGCCUGAGGGUACUGGAGGCUGAGCUGACCCUCCACCACCAGCAGCGACACAUGCUCCAGCAGCAACACCAGCUCAAGAUGCAGAUACUUAUGGAAAAGCUCAAGAGAGUCAGAGAAGGUACCCCUCUUAAUGAUUAGCUGCUGCUCCACCACCAUACCAGUCAUCUCUCUCUCUCCUUCCUCCAAGCUACCAUGCCUAGUUUGUGAAGUGCUAGAAACAUAGAAUAAGAAAUAACUGAAUAUUGCGAGUUAUUUUGAGCUGCACAUUAGUUUUAUACAUGGCUUUUUGACACUCACACGACCUGCUAAUUCCACUUAAUACGACUUAUUUCACAUUAAAAUAUCGUAUAUAAUUAAGUAGUUUUCGCGGCGCCAACGCCUCCUUACGUGAUUUUGCUGCUGACUAGCACCAUCAAUCCUCAACGAAGAAAAAUUUAUUCGUUCGCUAGUGUGGCGUACGAGUAAUUGCUUGUUUAAUAUUUAAAAUAAAUUUGAGCAUUCUUGAAACAAGAUAAAAGUCAUGGUUCCUGAAGUUAAAUAACAUUUAAGUACCACAGAUAGGGAAAAGUUUUGAAACACACGAGUUGAUGGCAGUGGUUCAGCAACAUUGCCAACAGUCAGUCCGAAAAUAAUUAUUACUAGUGGUACUGUACAGUACUCAACUCACGUGAGCCGAACAUGGAAGUAACUAUUUUGAAUUUAAAGCUUAUUUUCACCAUCGUAGCUGCUCAUUUACGUUCUAACUCGACUCUCCCAAUUAAACCAUCAGUUUGUUUAACGGUACUGUAUUUAUGCUUCUAUCUCUUACACACACACACACACACAUACACACACAUACACAUCCCUCUUUGAUAACAUUGUACAGUGAAUUAUCUGUAAUUUUAAAAUAUUAUUUGUACUGUAGCUGAAUAUUCUCCAUGGUACCAAA